CGCUUUUCAUUCAACAAGAAGGUCGAAACAGAGUGGUUUCAAUGUUUUCUUGGUCAACUCAGUGAAAAAUGUCUUUGCCUUUCCUUCCAGGACAAGUUUUCGAUAGAAAGGUAAAUUCUUAUCUUCGUAGAGAUCUAUUCUGUCUUAAAAAUGAAUAAUAAAUCACGGUUGGAAUUUUUAAUUACUAUAUUCACACAUUAACACAAUGUUAAACUAAAAUUCACACCGAGUCAAAUUCUAUUUUAAAAUUUAGCUCGGCAAGUCAAAGUUCCACAAAUCGCAGUUGUUUGACUACAAAAAUGAUGUUCGUUGCUUUGUUGGUGGAGCAAAAAGUGGAAUAGGUAAGUUUUUGCAGGUCGACGCUGAGGGUGAGAGGGAAUUUACAAUGUAAUAUUUUUAUAAUAUUUUUUUACAGUUUUAUAUAAAUUAAAUACGCCAUGCAUAUUCAUCUGACACAUCCAAUGUGGUAUGACUAUUAAUCAGUAUUAUACAUGUAUACGUACAAUAUUCUUAUAUUCAUGUUUUUAGGACAAUAGAUUUUUCCUGAACCUUUCCCUCACCCCACCCAUAGUCAUAGAUGGAUUUUCAGAUUUUCUUUUGCUGCAGGGGGAUGCCAAAUAUUUUUUCGGAGGGUGGGGGGGGGGAAGAUGAGCGAGGGGUUGCGUGGCACCACCAAGCAAGCUGCAGCACAGGAGUCUGUGGGCACAAUUGCUAAUGGGGGCAAGGUUGUCGUGUAAGAGGGCAAAGCCCUCAGGAAACUUUGAGAAUCCUCAUUUCAAUGACACUACUGUCAUUUAAUGCAAUGAGCAUUUAGAUUUCUAGACGAGUGCAUUUUUUUUUGGGGGGGGGGCAUGCAUUGUAUAAGGUAUUUCUUUAGUAAAUUAGUAGUAGUUACAGUACCGCUCGCGUAUAUCUUAACACUUUUUUGCGUAUGAUACGCGUAUCAUACGCGUAUCAUACGCAUAGCGUAUCAUAUGAAUACGCGUAUGAUACACGUAGCGUAUCAACAAAUACGCAUAGCAUAUGAAUACGAGUAUGCAAUCAUAAGCGUAGCGUAUCAUAUGAAAUAAUACACAUAUCGACUACGUUCGAAACUACAUUUGAUACUUGCAUAUAUGCAUAUGAUAAUUGAAAAUGAUACACGUUAUACAAAACUCUAUUCAGGUAGUAAGUGCUCUCUUCGAUACAAUAUAGAGCGUGUCCAUACACCGGACACGGCGAUUUUUCGAUUUUCAUUGAACAAUCUUAAACUUUGAUCCUAGUUUAAAUUUUUCAAAUAUUUAGAAGCGCUAUAACAUUUUCAGUUAUUUGGUCUACAUAUCGUUUAAAAUUUGCUUUCAUUGGCUGUUUUAUUAACUUUCAAAAACUAAAUUGUCCAAACGCGUCCGGUGUGUCUGGACCUGAAGACACCAUGCACGAUGUUUUAAUCAGGUAGUCUAUAGAAUAUAGGUCCUGAGAAAAUUGUAACAGCGUUGUCUCCGUAUCUACAAACAGUCUGAAAGUACUGUUCACAAAACAGGCGGUGGCCCAAGUUAUUUAAACAACAAUUAUUACUUUUAUCAGCAUCUAAAAUCCAACUAUACAGUAGAUUGAUGCUCAUUGAGUAUAAUUGUAUUGUAGCUCAUUGAGUAUAAUUGUAUUGAGUAUAAUUGUAUUGUAGGGUAUAUUCAUAUAUUCAUGUUCACAUACCAUAAAAACAAACGCUUUCAAAAGAAAUCUGUCGGGCAGAACACAAAUAUAUGAAUAUGCACACACACCCCCCCUCCCCUAGGAAUGUUCGGUAUGAGAAAUUUCUGGUAUCAGUAUACCGAAAAAAUUAUGCCGAUAUUAUCGGUAUACCGGUUUUCCUUAAUUGAUAAUUAUAAAGGAAAAUUCUUUAAUGGAAAUUUGGUGGGUUGAUAGAACAGGGAAGUGGUGUUGGUGUUGGGUAAUGGAUGAUCCCCAUUACUCCAGUAUACCCCCCCCCCCCCCCCCAAUUAUCGGUCUAGCUACGGCCCUGCCUGCAAUUAAGAAGGUCAUAAAUUAAUGCUUGGUAGAGCAACACUUAGAUCUAAAAUGAUAAUACAUGUAUAUGUUGCAAUUAAUUACUAUAUUAUGUUGCAUGCAAGUUCUAGCUAAUUAGCAAGGUGAAAGUGAUUCUAAAUUUCCAGGUCAUUUGCACAAGUCUGCCAAUUACCUAAAGAAUAGCCAAAUUUAAUUAAAGCACAUUUUCAACACUGCCAUGCAACAGCACAUUCAAUAUUGCAUGUGGUUGUUCUACGCUUUACAGCCAAACAAUGGCCAGCAAAAUUGCGGACAUUUCACUGAUAAUGAGUUAUUUUAUGGAUGCCUCAGGUAUUUAUAAAGCUAUUUUGACAUCAAUGAAUAUGGUUGCCAUUAACAUACUGAUAUAUACAUCUAAACAGGCUAAACCUUUUUAUUAAAAACAUCAUGGAACACUUUACCAAUUUCCACAAACUACUUAAAUUUUACAAAAAUUAGGGCAAAAGGAGCAAAUUCUGUCUGUUGCAAGUGGUAAUUAGUUAAACAUCCUGUGAAACAAUUGCCACGUGCAUGACAUAAUUUAAAUCAUUUUAUGCUACAUCAUAUUUUAUUUUAAGUUCAUUUUAAUUGAACCACUUGCUAAUUUGUAAGAAGAUGAAAUUGAAUUUCAAUCCUCAUAAACAAAUACUGUAAGUUCUAUAAUUACCAUAUUCACAGGUGGUGAAACCUUACCUGGCCAGAAAUUACCACCAGGACACAGUGUUUACCCAAAAGGAGUUGGUCCAGAAGCACCUGCUUGGGUGGCAUUUGAUAGACAAGUACUUUGUUUCGAUGCCUACUUCCAAGAGGCUGUGCAUGAAAAACGAGAAGAACAAUACAGAGUUCGCAGGUAUGUUACUUAAUUGCUAAUUGUUCUAAACUACACUGACCACCUAUUAGUUUAUAGGUUAUACAAGGUUAUUGCAGCUUAGACAUAUAGACCCCGAAGAUGAUAAAAUUAAUGCUUAUAUAUCAAUUAUCUAAUCUGAGAGAAUAACUUUCAUGCGCAUUUUAUUAAUAGAAAAAUUCAUCACGCAUUGUUUGAUGCAAAUUAAAGCAGUAAAGCGCUCAGGAAACUUUGAGAAUCCUUAUUUCAAUGACACUACUGUCAUUUAAUGCAAUGAGCAUUUAGAUUUCUAGACAAAUGCAUGCAGUUUUUUUUGGGGGGGGGAUGCAUUGUAUAAGGUAUUUUUUUAGUAAAUUAGUAGCAGUUAUGCAUGGUUUUUAUUUAGUAUGGUAAAGCAAAUUACAAUAUUUUAUAUACCAAAUUAGCCAACCUUGCCAAUCGUUUUAUUUCUUACAGUAUAUUCAUGUGAACGCACGAAAAUUGAUAACGGAACUUUGAGUAAGAAACGCACUCUUUUGCCGCCAUGAUCUACAACCAUGGCUACAACAUCGCAAGCCAGGCUUCUUAGCUUGUUUUUGGCUAACGAGCCGUGCAACACUUUGUUAUCCGGCAGCCGGGCAUUCUCUGCAUACAGUAAAUGCUGUAGUGUAUUGGUUUCAUUUUUACGCAGUGUGACCAGGUUUUUUCAGGGGUAAUUACCACAUCCGGCUGCAUAAAAUUACUACAUUGGGUAAAAAAUUACCACGGUACCAUAUUUUCCCCAAAAAUGUUGGCGAGGGGGGGGGGCAAAAAAUUUUCCCGGACAGCAAAAUUUUUUGGACAACUACCAGUUAAAUUACGCAUAGGCGUACGGGAGGGUGAGGCUGGGGGGGCUGCAGCCCCCCCCAAAUUUUUGAGAAUUUAUCUAUUCGGGCAAAAAUUGUCUUGUCAUUCGGGCAACGACGGUCUGGUGAUUAUACGAAUAUAUUGAUCCAUAAAGCGGAACAGAAGUAUUAUUUCAACAAGUUCAACUUUUGCGUAAGGUUCAAUCAUGCAAUGGAAAUCUGUAAUGGCAACGUUUCACUACGUUUGUGUAUAUUUAUUAAUACCAUAUAUCGCAUGCAUCAGGUUAACCUUUAUUAAUUUAAAGGUCAAGUGCUCUAACUUAACCGGAUUUGGUUUUGAUUUUUACGUUACGCACAUACCACAGACGUAAAUCCCCAACCAUACCUAAUUUUAAGAAUUUUUUAUCACAGCACAGUUUUGUGCAAAGUUUAGUCGAGCAGAAGCACGCCCUGAAAAUUUCUGAACACACCCUUAUAAUAAUGUGUAACAGCAAAGCAGGCUACUAUUCAUAUUCAAAAAUGCCAAAACAAACAUACACUGCACAGCACUCAGGGAAAUUUGUGGGCCCAGGACAAACUUUGACUUGGGGGCUCUCGUGAUUCCAUGUUCUAACACUAUGAUUCCCUGGUCCGGGGGCAUCACCCGAAAAUUUUGAAUCUGAGGUCCCAGAAAUGGCCAAAUCCUGCAUUCUGGAAGUCUAGUUGACAGUUAGUUAUAUCUAUGUACAUUUCACUGCAAUUCUUUAUUUGGGCCCCCCUUUAACUGGGGUCCCAGGGCAAAUUGCACCCCUCUGGGCGGCCUUGACAGCACCUGCAGUUACGACUAUCUGUGACAGCUUAGUUUCAUAAUAACAUGACUGAAGAAAAUAAAUAUUUUCGUCUUGGCAAAUGAAAGGCGGCUUACGGGCUUAGGCGUGACAAACCUCUAGAGGAGUUCCAGGGGCAUGCACCCACAGACAAUUUUGUAAUCUAGGCACUAUAAAAGGGCAUCUCCUGCAAUGUGCGGGGACAUUCUAUAGAAUUCUGAAAAUUAUACAGUAAUUACAAAAUCUUAUCAGUAUCAUUGACUCCUUCCAAACUCAUAAAGAGAUCUUUGGUGAGAGACUUUGUUCAUCUGAUGAACCAUAAGUAUGUUAUUAAUGCGGACGUUCGAUAAUUUGGCAGUCAUCAUUUCAAUUUCAAUUAAAUCAUUCUCAUUCAAAAUAUUUCGCCGGAAUAGUUCAGUUUUUCUGCUCAUUGUCUCAUUUUCUUGUGUUAAUUAACAACUUAUCAAAGCAAAUUUUAUCACUGCACAUUUUACAUUUUAUCACUGCACAUUUUACUUUUAUCGCUGCACAAAUUGGUUAUCACUGCAAACUAAUAUUAGGUAUGUCCCCAACAACGAAGGAACAAUUGGUAUGGCUACUAAUAAAAUGUCACUACUGUAUUCAUGCCUAUAUUCAUCAGUUUACCUAGCAUAAUGUAUAGGCUAUACAACUAUUAAACUAUAUAACUAUAUAGUAUAUAGCUACACAUUUUUGCGAAGGUGUGGUAUCGUAAGUGUGCGUAGUAACAAUCGGAUCAGUAAUGUUUAUCUCCUUUGAUAGCAUUGGUUGCGUAAAUACAGUCUCUGGUCUUGGGCGGCACCGCGGCUAUGACACAGCAGUCACUGAAAAUAGAUACUACAUUAUAAUUGACAUUGAUGUAACCGUACAAAUACUGUACAAUGACAUAAUGUGACUAAUUUUAGACUUUUAGAUAGACAUAAAAGUGCGCGAUUUUUUUACAAUCAUUACGUAUGGCAUCUCGCGAUCGUAAAAGACAGUACCGACAUCGCGUUCGGUGCGAGGAAUGCAAUAAGGAAAUCGACAGUGAUUAUAAAGAGGUGCAUUCUCGAUUGGUUCACAAUGGUAAAAAAGUAAAAUGUCAUCCAGUGAUGGAAUCAUCGGAUUCAUCCCAGUCGAAAAUCAGUACUUUCUUUGUAAAAAGUAACAUGACAACCAAGGACGAUAACCUUAGCUUAUAAAUGAAAUGGCUGCAGGGGACGACAUAUUUCUUUUUAUAUCACGUUCGUCAAUCUUCAAAUGAAAGCUUUUUAUUUGUAGUCUUCUUGGAUUAUAUAAUUUUAUGAUGACGUCACGAAAUCUAUGACGUCAUGUCAUUCGGGCAAAUUCAGCCCAGCCCCCCCCCGAACAAAAUGUGCCCGUACGCCUAUGCUUAUUACUCUGUGAAAACAAGCUCAAUUUUAAAUCUGUUUUGUAUUUUCAUAAUCUACGUUUCAAGACUUUCAAGACGAUUCUAAUGAUGUAAACUCUCAUUUUGUGACAGGGGCACUUUAAACCAUGUGAAGGGAGAGGCAGACAGGAUUGUUCAGUUCAUUUCGUUUCCCAGCAAAGACUAGAGACAGAUAGUGUUAGUUUAGAGAGUGAAGUGAGAAGACUGUGAGAUUUAGAUUCGAUUGGUAUUAGAGUAAAUGAUGAGGUGCAUGAAACGUUUGAAAAUGAAGUAAGUUUUAAAGAUGGCAAGUAUUCGGUAAAGUUGCCAUGGAAGCAGGGUCAUGAACCCUUGCCCAGUAAUUACGUAAACUGUUUAGCUUGCAUGCACAACCUAUUAAGGAAAUUACGCAAAGAUCCGGAAGUGUUGGCAGAUUAUGACGCGAUAAUUAAGGAUCAGUUAAAGACUGGAGUAAUAGAACCAGUUGCAGCGCUGGAAAAGCCAAGCGAUAAGUUGCACUAUUUGCCGCAUACGACGACAAUAUAA